UCUUUCUGACCUCGAGCUCUCGAGCUCUCACAGGAUUUUGCGCGGUGUUACUGUUUUGAAUCUCCGCGAGUUGAAAACCGAGGGGAGUCACAAUGGUGCACGUUGCGGUCUACCGAAAUUAUGGAAAGACCUUCAAGAAGCCUCGCAGGCCGUUCGAGAAGGAACGUCUCGAUGCUGAGCUGAAGCUCGUCGGAGAGUAUGGUCUCCGAAACAAGCGCGAGCUGUGGCGCGUGCAGUACGCAUUGAGCAAAAUCCGCAACAAUGCUCGUACACUUCUGACCUUGGACGAGAAAAAUACAAGGCGAAUUUUCGAGGGAGAGGCCCUCCUACGAAGAAUGAACCGAUACGGUCUCCUAGAUGAGAGUCAAACCAAGCUCGAUUAUGUGUUGGCUCUUACUGUGGAGAACUUUCUUGAGAGGCGCCUGCAGACACUCGUGUUCAAGUCUGGUAUGGCCAAGUCCAUUCACCACGCCCGAGUGUUGAUCAAGCAACGCCACAUCAGGGUUGGCAAGCAAAUUGUCGACGUACCUUCAUUCCUGGUUCGUGUGGAUAGCCAAAAGCACAUCGAUUUCGCUCUAUCUAGCCCCCUCGGUGGAGGCAGACCAGGCCGUGUGAAGAGAAGAAACAUGAAGGCCGCAUCCAAGAAGGCCGCCGGCGGAGACGGUGAUGAAGAGGAGGAAGACGAAUAGGUUUUAACACCCCUUUGUAAGAUGAGAAAUUAUUUUUGUUCCUGAGCCUUUUGCUAUCAAUAGAUUGCCACAAUCUUCCUGGCAAUGCAAUGAUUAAAAGGUCAAAUCUGAAUUAUGUGCUGUUCUUUGUCUACAUUUUAUUGAAUGACAAACCUACCAAACAGCGACAGUUCGCGCUUUCGUUGUCUCAUGGCUCAAAUGGAGGUGUUCAC